CUUCCUCGCUUUGCCGAUCGCUGCUGAUUAAUGACGGACUCAAUCAACUCCAGUCGUGUUGGCAACCAGAAGAUAGAUGUGCGACUUCGACUUUAAUGGAAGAUGCAUUUGUGUCAAAUGUCACCGCUCAGAAUUCUCCUCAGACCACUCAAAUCAUGCUCCGUUCAUUCACUGCACGCAAAGUGAAGGCUGACAACAUUCGCCGCGGGUGAAACAUCGGCUCACCUGACCCAAAUUAGAAAUCGGAGUGCGGGCACGCGGCGGACACGCCGACGAUCAAUCUGAAACCUUGGUUUCGUGAUCCAGAUCCACCUCGAAUCACCGACUGCACAUGGUCACAUUGUCCAAUGUCGACGUUCGCCCCGGUCUACAGGCCUCCCCAGCUUCCCCGUCACAAGAUAUGGAGCAAGCAACAGCACCGGCGGGAUGGCAAGAAACGAAAACGUGACGACGACGGCUCCGCGGAGGAGGAACUCGAUCCCGCGCUCCCUCCACCAGACAGCUUCAUUCAUCCCGUAAACAAGACCGACCCAUUUCACAUCGCCGGACACGCACGCGAGUAUGCUUUGCCCCCGCCGCCCUUUCCACACGCGCCUGUGCAGAGUGCGAAGCCGCCUACCAAAUCCAUCGACAAGGAGCUCGCCGGACUCAACCCACCCUUGUAUUAUCCCUCGGCCAUUGCGCCUCAGGAACAAGCCACCUCCUCCAGGCGCCGGCACCUCGACAACUUGACUACCAUUCUCCAUACAUGCAUGCUCAAAGAGGACUGGCCGCGAGCACGCCGCGCGUGGAGUCUCCUGAUUCGCACAGAAAUCGGAGGUCGUGGCAUCGAUGUCAGGCGGAAUGGUCGUUGGGGCAUUGGUGCUGAGUUGUUGAUGCGGCGGAAAGCGGACGAGCCGCGUAAGCUUCAAGCCUCGCUCGAGACAUUGGAAGACGCGGAUGCGCCACUCCACAACGAGCCAGCGAAGCUCUUUUCCGAUGAAGGCUUUGAGCUCGCUCGAGAGUACUACGAACGCCUGGUCAUCCAGUACCCUUAUACUCGCGGCUCGAUGCAUACACUCAACGCUACUGCAAUCUACCCAGCCCUCUUCACCGUGUGGAUCUACCAAGUGCAGGACGAGUCCAAGCGUGCUCGGAGUGAGAUCUCAGACUUUGCGGACCCAGGCGCCGAGCACGAUGCUUCAGCAAACGACGAAGGCGCUGAUGUGGAUCAACGAGCUCGCUUACGCAGAAUCCGGGCAAAGGAACUAGACCAGGCAAGGGCGAUUGAGAAUCGCAUUCAUGAGCUUUGCUUAAGCCCGCCAUAUGAUUCGCACGCGGAGCUACGUUGCUUACGAGACAUGUUGGGGAAGUGGAUUGGUGAUCUUCAGAAGAAGGUCGUUACUCUCGACUCACCGUUCGAUUGAUGUGAGAUGGACAUGAUGGUUUAUGGAACGAAUGCCGGCAGGUACUUCUAUGUAGCUCUGUCUCGCAAAUAUUGAGGGCAUGGACGUCCCAUCUCUACACUACAACACACGUCGAUCCGCUCAGCUACGACAGCAGAUCGGCCUCCUGCGUAACGAGUGGUUCGUCAGUUAUACCGUUGAGCCGGGUAGUUGCAGCACCAUACUCAAUAUCAACCCUGCAAUGCAAAUCCUAAAUCUCCUUUGUCUACAUCAUUUGUGUAUUGAAUCUUCAUCAUUCACGCUUCCCAC